AUGGUCUGCACGAUUGCUGCUGCUCGGACCUAUUUAGCUGCUGCUUCCCGUCAGCAGCUACCUGCUGCCUUUCUUCCCCCUCAAGGAGGAGGAGCAUUAGCAGCAGCAGCAGCAGCAGCAGCAGCAGGAAGACACGGACGUCGACAGCUUGAACAGCAGCAGCAGCAGAUCAAGCAGCAAGUACAUCAGCAACUGCAGCAGCAGCAGCAGCAGCAGCAGCAGCAGCAGCAGCAGCGGGGGUUCUGCGAUGGGGUAGUAUGGAGGUCUGAGUAUGCCCUUAAGACAAAAGGGACAGGACCUAAGACACCCCUAUACUUCGAUGCAUAUCAGGUUUGUGUCCCUCAUCCAUCUAAGAGACAACGAGGAGGAGAAGAUGCCGCCUUCUGCAGCACCAGCUGUUUGGUGGUAGCUGAUGGUGUAGGUGGUUGGGAGUCAUCAGGUAUAGAUCCAGGUAUCUACUCUAAGGAACUUGUUAAGAGAAUAGGUGCAGCAGCAGCAGCAGCAGCAGCAGGAAAAGAUAUUCCUCGUUCUCCUCUUUCUUUAAUGAAGAAAGCAUACCUAGCAACACAUGCUAUUGGAUCAUGGCCAUCAUCGAAUCGUAUAAUAGCUCGUAGUGAUUUUCAAUGUCAUUCAUUUAAUUUUCCCCUCCAAUUAGGAACAGGAAGUAGAGACUUCCCUGAACAUUCACAUCUUGUUACGGCCUCAGUUGAGCCUGGCGAUAUUUUGUUUCUCGCUACAGAUGGUGUGUUCAACGGGGUUUGGGACAACUUGUUUGAUGAACAAGUGCUGCAGCAUCUCCAAAGCGAGGGGGAUCCGUUGAAGGCAGCAGAGAGGAUUUGCAGCGUCUGCUACCAGCUUUCCCUUAGCCCGAAAUGGGACAGCCCCUUUGCUACUAAAGAAAGGGAACUUUUAGGGUUAAUGCCUAGACACCUAGGAGGGAAACCUGAUGAUAUUACUGUUGUUGUUGCUGUCGUUAGGGAAAACAAAGAAAGCGCCGCCGCCGCCGCAUCAGACAUAAAAAACCCUAAACCCUAA